AUGCCCAUCGCGUUCGACGUCGAUCGCGCGUUCGAUCUCGCGUGCGCGCUCACCGCGAUCGCUUGGCUCGCCCUCGCCCUCGCGGCGGUGCUCGAGGGACGGGCGCGGCGACGCGAUUGGGCGUCACCGGAAGGCGAACGGUCGCGAAUCGGAGACGACGACCGUUCGCGCGCCGAGACCCUGCGCUCGAUCGCGGGAAAUAUCGCCCUCGCGGAGUGCGUCGGGUACGUCGCGCUCCUCUCGUCGGCGCUCGGUGAGAUCGACUGGACGCGGGCGUCGUUUCGCGAUUUGCGCGGCGUCGGCGCGGCGUUCGAGUCGCGUCGGGCGUUGUGCGCGGGGUGGGUGCAUUAUCUCGCGUUCGAUCUCCUGCUCGGUCGACGGUUGAUUCGUCGCGAAGGCGAACGUGGGGUGCCGGUGUGUCUUACCCUGGGCCUCACCGCGCCGCUGACCCUGCUCGCGGGACCGGUCGGGUACGUGUGGAGCGAGACGUUCGCGCAGCGCGCGCUGGGACGCGGGAAAGGGGGGCAAAAGUCUCCGUCGAAGCGUGAGUGA